CUCUCUCUCUCUCUCUCAGUUUCAAUGGGAACCGAUCGGAACAAAAACCCUAGGCUCCGUUGGAAUAAUAAGAAGAGAUCCCCGCGGGAGCAACCUCCACUGGAUCCAGCCGUUUAUCCGGUGAUUAUCGACCGCGGAGAGGCGAAGGCAAGAAAGAAGGAGGAGAAGGCGCCUCCGGCCUCAGAUCCGGAAUCUGAUACUUCGAUGGUCGUCGACGGCGGAGAGGUGAAUCCAGAGGCGGCGAAUAACCAGGCCGAGUCGCCUCCGGCCUCAGCUCCCGAAUCUAAGAAGCGGCAGAGAGGCGAAGACAAGGCAGCUUCUCCGUCAAAGAAGUCGAAGGGAGGCAAAGCCAAGGCAGCUGCUUCUUUCAUUGUUGUGGAGGCGCCGGAGCCUAUGUUCGUCGGCAAACCGCUUUCCGACAAGGAGGCGCGAAGGAGGUGGCCCGAAACGUACAUAAAGGGAGAUGAAAAUCCGAUUCAGGCCCGCCGUCACUUCACGACUGCUGAGGUGGAUGGUGUAAGAUAUCAUCUAGAUGAUGAUGCUCAUGUACAAGCUGAAGAAGGAAAGCCACCUUACAUUUGCAAGAUUAUAGAAAUGUUUGAGGCCGUUGAUAGCCAAUUAUACUUUACAGCUCAGUGGUACUACCGAGUUAAAGACACCGCCGUUAAAAAAAGUGUUGCGAUUGAUACCAGGCGCAUAUUCUACUCAGAUGUGAAGGACCGCAAUUCCUUGGAUUGUCUCCUUGAGAAGAUUAGUAUUGUUCGAUUGGCUUUACAUGUUGAUCCUGAUGUAAAGGAUAAACUCAUAGAAGGUUGCAAAUAUUAUUGCAACACCAAAUACGUGGUGCUUCAUUCAAGCUUUGUCAAUUUAUUACCAGACAAUAAGCAAGCUGAUCGCCAUACUGCAUCAAAGAUUGUUGUUGGAGAUUCUUGUGACGGUAACUCAGAACUUACAGAAAGCUCCAUCGUCAAGGAACAAUGUAUACAAGAACUUAAAGUGCUUGACUUAUAUGCUGGAUGUGGUGCAAUGUCCACCGGUCUUUGUUUGGGUGCCCGUUUAUCCAACGUAAAUCUAGUUACGAAAUGGGCUGUUGAUAUUAACAAAUAUGCACUCCAAAGUCUAAAGCUUAAUCAUCCAGAAACUGAGGUUAGAAUGUCAUAUGCGGAAAACUUUCUGAUGUUGCUACAACGGUGGAAGGAUCUAUGCAUUUGUUUUAAUUUGAUCGAGGGAGACACUUCGGAUAUACCUUUCAACUUUGUUGCAAAUGACACUUCAGAAAAUGAUGACGAGAACCUGGAUAAUGUUGAAGAUCCUGAGGCUUAUGAAGUUGAAAGAAUACUUGAUAUAUGUUAUGGGGAACCUGAUGAGAAAGAUAAGGGGUUGUAUCUCAAGGUCCAUUGGAAGGGUUAUGAUUCAGAUGAAGAUACUUGGGAGCCUCUUGAUUCACUGAGGGAUUGCAAAAAUUGUGUAGAAGAAUUUGUUUCACGCAGCUUUAAUUCAAAAUUGUUGCCUUUACCAGGAGAUGUUGAUGUCGUGUGUGGUGGCCCACCUUGCCAAGGUAUAAGUGGCUAUAACAGAUUUAGGAACAAAAAAAAACCUUUGGAGGAUAAGAAAAACAAGCAGGCGAUUGUAUUCAUGGACAUAGUUCAGCACCUUAAGCCUAAAUAUGUCUUGAUGGAAAAUGUGGUCGACCUUUUAAAAUUUGCUAAAGGAUUCCUUGGUCGAUAUGCUAUUGGACGUCUUGUUGAUAUGAAUUAUCAGACAAGGAUUGGUAUGAUGGGUGCAGGAGCAUACGGGCUUCCUCAAUACCGUAUGCGUGUGUUUCUAUGGGGGGCAUGUCCUACAGAGUGCUUACCUCAAUACCCACUUCCUACCCAUGAUGUUAUUGUCAAGGGUCAUAUUCCUAAAAAAUGGGAGGAUAAUGUAGUUUGUAGUGAAGGCCAUCAAGCUGCAUUAAGAGAAAAACUCUUACUAGGAGAUGCCUUGUCUGACCUUCCUGCUGUAGAAUAUAACGAGUUGCGUGAUGAGAUGCCUUAUGGGAGUCUCCCUCAGACUGAGUUCCAGAAAAUGAUAAGACUUAGCAAAAACUAUUUGCUGGGGUCUUCUAGGAGUGAGCCUUAUAAUGUGACGCUAUAUGAUCACCAGCCUUUGAAAGUGAGUGAUGAUGAUUAUGAUCGUAUACUUUGCAUUCCCAAAGUGAAGGGUGCGAAUUUCAGAAACCUGGAAGGGGUUCUAUUGCGUCCUGAUGGUAAAACAGUUUAUUUUGAUCCUGCAAAACAGAGAGCCUUAUUGAAGUCGGGCAAUCCUUUGGUUCCUGACUAUGCUAUGUCAUUUAAGAAAGGGAAAUCCAAAAAACCGUUCGGACGUUUGUGGUGGGAUGAAAUUGUAUCUACUGUUGUUACUCGUGCUGAGCCACACAACCACAUUAUCUUGCAUCCUGAGCAAGACAGGGUGUUGACAAUACGAGAAAAUGCAAGAUUACAAGGCUUUCCUGAUUAUUACAAACUCUGCGGGACAGUAAAAGAAAGAUACAUCCAAGUUGGAAAUGCGGUGGCAUUCCCUGUGGCACGUGCACUAGGAUAUGCGUUGGGGCGCGCUCUCAUCGGUAGCUUAGAUGAUAGUUCAAUGUUCGAGUUGCCCCUUGGCUUUCCAAAUUAUCCGGAAGAAUUGCCUUCUCCAUAGUCUAUUUUAGAGUAGUAACUUUAAUUCUGCAAAUCAAAUACUCUGAUGUGGUAACUUCCAAAUAGAUGGUCUACAUUCAUCAUUCAUAUACAUGUCCCUCAUUAUCCCUCU